AUGCAGCAGCAUGUUACAAUUAGCGGUGGAGUUCAUAUGCAACUGUACGUGCCUCCAAACCCAAAGGAAUAUAAAAAGCUAGGCAUUGCCAGGCAGGGGCUGAAACCAGGCGCAGCCAAAAAGUUAAGAUGGGAGGAGAUAAAAGGAGACAAGACUUGCCCUUUGGCAUCAGAAGCAACAUGUAAUGAUGGCAAGUUCACAGAAACGGUUUUACUUCUUUCAGUGCUCUUUGGCACAAAGGCGCUUUGCUCUGCCAGGGAAGCACCGAUGGCAUUGCUUUCCCCCAGCUGUGAUGACACUGCAGGAGAGGAAGCUGCAGAUCUGGCUCUUUGCCAGGUCAAUGCUGACCAAAAAGGCGGCUACAUACUCAGUCUCUACUGAAUUUUCAGUGACCAAGAACAUCUUCCAGAGAUCAUUGGUUCUAUCUAUCUCAUCUUGGAGGUAGUAGACACCAAAUGCCACGUACUCAGCAAAAAGUUGUGGAAGAACUGUAUGUGUGAUGAGUUACUCAGAGAUAGACCCAGGUCCUGGUGCCUGGCAGGGAAAGCACUCUGCGACACUUGGGCCCUUCUUAGCUGCCAGAAGAGUGGCCUCGUGUAUGCCAUCCUGCAGACAGGCACUGCACCUGUUUAUGGUCAAUGCAAAGCAAUUAUCUACAUUAAUCAGGCAAGAAAUAUUGCUCAUCUGAAUACUUAGGAGUGCAUUUUACAACUAGUUCCACCCAGAUAUAUUUGGACAGCAUGCCCCAACUGCACAGUUGAUGACUGUCCAACUGAGCCCAAAUAUUUGGAGGCUGCUGUUCAAAGCCUUGCCAGGUUCAAUGAAGAGAGUGAACAAACUCAUCAUUUCUCUGUCCUCAAUAUCACAAGAGCUUCAAUGCAGGUCAUAGGUCCUGCAUAUUUUGUGUUUUUAAUUCGGGAGACCUCCUGCUCCAAAAAUGACACGAUUACUGACAUCUCCAAGUGCAAGCCACUUUCAUCAGAACUAGCUCAAAUAGGUUUCUGCAAAGGCUCUGUAGUAAACAGUCACUUGGAACAUGAACAGUUUGUCACAAUAUCCUGUGAAAUCUACAGUCUGCAAGAUCCUGCCACUGAAGAGGGGAAGCAGCAACCUAAUCAGACACCUGGAAAACCCAGCCAGAAUCAACAACAAGCUUUCCCUUCAGAAACCAAUCCUUUCUCGCCAACACCUAGAAAAAAAAGAGUGGGCUGUGUUAAAAUUCUACCCCCUUCAGCUGAGGACACCUCUUUCCAAAACCUACCAGAAACUCAAAACGAACAUGAAGAUGGAAAGUUCAUUCCACCUGAGGCUGUAGGAUCUAGGCCCAGCCUUGAUGGAGAAAAGAUUCAAGCAGACAAAACAAAUUUGACCAAACCAGUCACUGGACCAGUUAUUCUCCCUCUUCCUGAAGAACUUUCUCUGUCAGACUCGUGCCCAGGGGAAGCAAAGGAGAUAAAUUCCAUGCUCCAGCCUUUGCUGCCUAAAAAGCCUGCCGAAGACUAG